AUGGCAGCUCCCAGGAGGAUUACUCUUCAGGAGGCAGGAGCUCCAAAUUUUACAUUACCACCCUUCCAAGCACGUAAUCUAAAUCUGGGUUCAGAUAUUGAACUGAAGACUGCACUAAUUAAUCUACUGCCAAAGUUUCACGGCUUACCUGCUCAAGAGCCUCUCAAGCACCUCAGAGAUUUUCAGACAGCCUGUUCUACUGUUAGGCGUAAUGGUGCAUCUGAGACUUCUAUUCUGUUAGCCGCUUUCCCGUUUUCUCUUAAGAGAAAGGCGAGGGAAUGGUACUAUACUCAACCUGAAGCACUUGUUACUAACUGGGAUACGCUCAGGAGAGAAUUCCUAGAAAAGUACUUUCCAGCUGAAGUUACUGAUAGACUAAGGAAAGAGAUUUCAAUGAUCAUCCAAGGCGAAUCUGAGACUCCCUACGAGUACUGGGAGCGCUUCACUAAUCUUUUAGACGCAUGCCCCCACCACAAGAUUGACAAGUUGGUGUUGAUCGGCUACUUCACACAAGGCAUGGAGCCUCAAGAUAAGACUACAUUAGAUGGUGCAAGCAAUGGUUCUCUGAAAAAGUACAAGACCACAGAUAAAGUAUGGCAACUGAUCGCCGACCUGGCUGAGUCUGCUCGGACUCACAAGCGCAACAGGAACAACCACCCCAAGGCUGUGGCAGAGGUUUCCUCUAGCAGCGAGAAUACUGCUCUCACACAAUCAAUAUGUAAGAUGACCAACCUACUGAAGCAGAUACAUCUGGGCCAUCAUUACAUUGAUGAAUGUCCACAGCUCCAACAUGAGGACAACACCUUGGCAGCUACUCACAAUUUCUAUGACCGCCUGAAUCAAGGAUACUACCAGGGUUGGAACUUUAACCAAGGUUGGCAGGACAACUCCAACCAGGGUUUGAGAGAUAAUUCCAACCAGGGAUGGAGGGACAACUAUAAUAGAGGAGGCAGAGACAACAAUGGGAAUCAGAGGUGGAAUAAUAACAAUAGACAAUAG